UGUGCCAGAUUAUCACCAUGAGGUGUAUAAGAUCUCAGAAUUCAGCCACGAUGUUAAUGGGGAGACCAAAGAAACACAACCCAUUUUUUUAGGAGAUGAAAACAUGGAAAUUAAAAAACAAAUUACAGGGAUGAGAAGAUUACUGAAUGACAGCACUGGGAGGAUAUAUCAACGUGUUGGCAAAGAAGGAGAAAAACUAAAAGAAGAGCCCCAGGAUUUGGAGUUAGUCUGGCCUCAGCGUUUGAACUCCUCUGCCGAGGCCGCACAGGGCCUCCAUCCUCCAUCACGUGGGGCAUGGAAUGAACUACCAACCCAAAGCGGGCAGUUCUCAGGGCAGUAUGGUACACGUUCUAGAACUUUCCAGAGUCAGCCCCACACCUCUGCAAGUUCCAAUGGAGAACUUCCAGGGGUGAAUUCAUCAGCUGGAUCCAACUGUUGUACUUGUAACUGCCAGUCAACAUUGCAGGCCAUUCUCCAAGAACUCAAGACCAUGAGGAAAUUAAUGCAGUUUCAAGCAGUUGGAACACAACACAGACAACAACCCCCAAUUUCCCUUAUAUGCUCCCAGCGAACCGCUGUCUCACGCAAGAGAAAUAAGAAGAAAAAGGUGCUCCCAAAGACUGUGGAACCCGUGACUGUGAAACCAAAGCCCGGCCCAUUGGAAACUGAGAAGAAGCCAGCAGCCGUGGCCACCAGGCCAUCUGGUCUCCAAGCCACAGAGCACACCUCCAGUGAGGAGCGCCACGUCCUGGGAUUUGGCAUUGUUCUCGAAUCGCCUUCCUCAGAUCCAGAAGUGCAACUUGCUGAAGGCUUCGAUGUGUUUAUGCCUAAAUCUCAGCUGGACUCUAUAUUGUCAAACUACACUCGCUCAGGAAGCCUUCUGUUUAGAAAACUGGUGUGUGCAUUUUUUGAUGACAAGACUUUGGCUAACUCCUUACCCAAUGGGAAGAGGAAAAGAGGACUCAAUGACAACCGGAAAGGACUAGACCAAAACAUUGUGGGUGCAAUAAAAGUCUUUACAGAGAAGUACUGUACUGCAAACCAUGUGGAUAAACUUCCUGGCCCAAGAGACUGGGUACAGAUUCUACAGGAUCAAAUUAAACUGGCCAGAAGGAGGUUAAAAAGAGGCUCAGCAGAGGCAGCUGACGGUGAUGAAAAACUGGACGGCAUUUCGCUACCACCAACAGGUAAUAUAUUUGUCACCAGGAGAGAGACCGCGGAGGACCCGGAUCCAGGCUCCAUUGCCUAGACUUGCAUUUUAGCAUCCUCUUCUUCCGUUUCCUCAAAGGUUCAUGGAGCAGUUGAGGUGCCUGCAGUGUGGGUGUUCUGUGGUGGCUUGUCCUGUCUGAAUCAUUUCUUUGUAACAUGUGGUAUCACAACUCCAAUUUGGUAUCAUAUUUUCUUCAAAGAAAUCAAGCUUAGAGUUGUUACCAUUCAAAAGUCCAGUGUGUGUGACCCAUCAUAAAGAAGCAGUUCUCUUCCUGGUUUUAUUCAUUCAUAAUCUCUGUGUGAAUACACAGUCUUCUUAAACAUAUUUAUUUUAUUGUAAAUUGCUUAGCUGCAUGCAGAGGAGACCUCUCUCUAGGACUGACGGAAGUUACAGAGCAGCAGUGCUGACUGACCCUUCAGCCUAGAGAAGGAAAGGUAGUUCUGGGAGGUGGGAUGGCUCUGGCCUGAUUUGUGACUUAUGACAUCAGUCAUAGUAACCUGAAACAGUCGUUCUGAACUGAAGAACAAAUGAUGAAGUCAUUUAUGUGUCAAUCAUAGAACCUGAAACAGUUGUUCUGAACUGAAGAACAAAUGAUGUAUGAAUUCUUAGGAAAUAAAGCACUUUUACGUAAUUUAUGAUGAUGCAGUUACAAAAAACUUAACUCAGCGUAACCAGCCAUCUGCUUAGGAGCCAUCAAGCAUUUAAAUAUGGUUUAACCGAGUAGCUUUGACCCUGUUCCAUGUUCCUCCUCUAGUUUAUCUGGUCCCUCAUACGCUUGCCUUCUACUUUAUAUAAAACUAAAUAUGAGAAAACUCUGGGUUUAUUUUAGAGAAAUCUUUGCAGUACGGAUAUUUGCUGUACCUCCACGUGUUUCACUAAUGAAGUAAUGCAUUGAAAUCAACGAACUUAGAGAACCUUGCGGCAAACCUUAUUUAUCAUAUAAAGCAAAUUAAUUGCCUUGAAUCUUGGGCACUUGACACAGAAGGCCAAAAAUUGCCAUAAAAAAGAAAUGUAACAGUCGGUCCACCAAACCCCAGGGAUUAAAAACUGCCUUUUGCCUAGUGUUCCCGUCAGCCACAAGUCAGAGCCAACAGUUAGUGCUGCUGGGGCUACCUCGCCCGCUGCUUUGCCUGAGAGAACUGAGAAGUAGGUAAGGGGUUGCCUAGGGUCAGGUUACCCUCACGGCCAGCUGGACGUAGAAAGAACCUGGGCAUCCAGUGUACUGUGUCACUUCAUACUGAACAUGUAGGGCUCAGGACGGGAGGACGAGGGCAGUACUCCCCUGAGACCAGCUGCUCGGUGAGGUGAUCUGUGAUAUCCCUGGAAUGUGACAACAUGUGCUGUUAGGUGUUGCUCCUGGAGUCGUCUAGCAACUAGACAGCAACAUCUCACAUGUGAACCUUUUCUGUCUCUUCCUUUGGAGACUGCGGAAUGGCUUAGAAAUUAUUCCCUUCGAACUUUUCAGUUGCCAGUUUCUGUUGCCAGCCAGCCCUAAUCCUUUUGUUUUAUUGAGUGUUCUGAUGAGCUGCAGACAAACCAAGACUUUCGUUUAAUUGCAACAGAUCCGGAAAAAAAAAAAAAAAAAAGUCUUCUGCCUCCUAGAAUGAAAUCCUCCUCAAGGGAACAGAAAAGCUGAAUUAGUGCCCUUCACUCUUCACUCUAUUAAAUGGUGAUGGAUUUGUUUUUAGUACAGGGGGAUCAUAUACUUACACUGUAGGCCUAUUUAGUACGCACUAUAAACCUUCCAAAAACGCUUCCUUCCAAGCCUCGGAGGCAGCUUGGAGUUUUCAAUACUUGAGGAGGGUAGGGAUCGUUCAGCUUGCAGACAAGCGCCGUGGAUUCACAAAGUGGAAAGGCAGAUCAGAACUGCGACAGUAAAAUCAUAUUUUGUAAGUUUCAAUUGUGUUUGUGUUAAUUAACUGUGACUACUGUCCGACUUUGUUCAGAAACCCUUUUUAUAGGCUUUCUUAGCAAAAAAAAAAGUCCAUAACUAUGGAUGCGUCUCAAUCUUGUGUACAUAUGUUUUAUUAAUAUGUAAAUAUUCAGAUUUUUUAAAUUACUAUGUUCUUUUAAAAAGAAUUCAAUGUAAAGCUAGUUGUGAAAAUGGUGUGUAACACUGUGUUGUGAUAUCAACUCCCAAGAUGCCCUUUAUGUCCUUUCUGGAAAAAUACAAUAAAUUACUUUAAUUGAA